AUGAAGAUCCGUAAGCUAUACGGUUUAGUAAAGAAGACGUAUUAUGAAAAAAGAAAAGAUCUGUUUCUUUAUUUUUUCUUUUUACUAAUACCUUUUUUGUUAAUAUCAUUUCAUUUGUUUCUGAGGAAUAUAAGUGAUAAAUACUCGUUAGAGAUAUAUAAUAAUUUUUCAGAAAAUGAUAAGGUAGAUUUGAAUGAUACCAUAAGGCAAUAUGUCUUGUUCCUGAGCAAUGAAUUGUGCUCAAAGGAGAUAGGAGACACGGUGUACGUAAAUCAUAUAUGUGUUACUCCCGAGAAUGAAAUAUCGAAGUCUUUUUUAUCAUAUGCUGAGGAAAAUGGUUUGAAUAUAUUUCAAGUUUACAAAAAUGAAGAGGAGUGCUUGAAAAAUGUAAAGUAUGCUAUUCAACUUAAACCAGGAGAAGUGAAAAAAUUAAAAAAAAAAAAAAAAAAAAGGGAAAGACAUAACGAGGAUAAUUUGAAAGGAGAAAAUAAGUCCAUAUUGUUGAACAAAUUGAAAAAUAAUAUAAGACAUGAUGACUCGUUAAAUUUAGAUGAUUUAUACAGAAAUGUUUAUUCAAGUGAACAGUAUGACAACAUAUUAAACUUACAAAUAGAUGAAAAUACUAUUAAACAAGUUAAAAAAUUAAGAUUAUAUAAAUUAUUUAUUAGGGAUAUAAAAAAUUUAAAAGAUGAAAAUAAGUAUAAAGAUUUUUUUAGUGAUGAAAAAAAAAAAUUAUUUUUUUUCAAUUUUGUGAAAAGCAAUUUAAUUGAAACGAAUUUAUCAUGUGGAUUACUCGAUAUUGAAAAGGUCAGCUAUGUGAAGAAGAACAACAACAAUAGUAGUAACAAUAAUAGUAGCAGUAACAGUAACAAAUUGAGUUUCUCGUACGUGUAUGGUCGUAGGGGAAAGAAACCCUCCAAAAGUGUUAACGGUACAUGGGAGGACCAUGAUGAUACGAAUACUGGCGCUCUUAAUAGUGGGAGGAGUACGAAAGGUGUAAACAGUUCUAACAGUGCUCUCGUCGCUGUUUCCAACAACUGCGACAAGGAAUGCGAAAGGGGGAAAGAUAUACCCUCCGCGUACCCCAGAGAAGAAGUCAGCAGAGAAGAAGUAAACAGCGAUGAAGUAAACAGCGAUGAAGUAAACAGUGUUGAAGUAAACAACGAUGAAGUAAACAGCGAUGAAGUAAACAGCGAUGAAGUAAACAGUGUUGAAGUAAACAACGAUGAAGUAAACAGCGAUGAAGUAAACAGUGCUGAAUUGGAUAAGGCGGACGUGUACGAGGAAAAGGGUAGGGGCGGAAGGCCAAAUAAUUUUAUAUACAACUACGAAAAGGGAAUAAUUAAAAAUGUCAGUUACAAAAUAAGAGUGGGUGACUACGCUUUGUUAAGCGCAAGUGAAAAAUAUUUUUUCAACGAUAUAAACAUAAACUUAAAACAAAAUUUUAUCAGUUUUAACACUGUUGAUGACUUGUCUUUUAAUGUGUAUUUUAACGAGUGGUAUUAUAGUAGCUUUUUCAUAGUCCUAGAGUAUCAGUUUAACUUGUUCUUGUUGCAGUAUAAUGCGGAUAUGUUAGAGAGGGAAAAGAGCAAUAGAUGGGAAAUGGAAAGAGGAGAAGGAAGUAUCCAUGAAAAAGAUAAAAAACAUAGGAAUAAUGAAGGGGUAAAGAUUUCUUUGAACGAUUUUUUUGUAUAUAAGAUGCCAAUAAAGAGUAUGAAAAUAAACGCAUUUGAUACACUUGAAAAGAAUAUUUUCCGAGUAGUAAUAUUUUUGUGUGUUUGUUUAUUCAUUGUAAAUAUAUGUUUUGAUAUAAACAAAGAGAGAAGGAUAAAUAUGGAAACAUUUCUUUAUUGUAUUAAAAUAAAUAAAUAUUAUUAUUAUUAUUCCUGGAUUUUGUUUUAUUUUAUUGUGUUGUUCUUUUAUAAUAUAAUAUUUACAUAUAUUAUUUAUUAUUAUAUAUACAAAAGUUUGAUGAAUUAUUUUUUAUUAUAUUUAUAUAUAUUUUUUUUUAUUAUGAAUAGUCUUUUGUUUACAGUAAUAUGUAUGCAUUUUUCAAAUAAUAGCGCAAUAAAUUAUAUUGCUUCUUUUUUAUUGUUUUUUCUUUUUUCAUCUUUUCGAUUGAUCAUACAUUCAGGAGCCGGGAAAGUUUUAAUAUUUUUUGUUUUGUUAAUUCCGCACACCUCCUUUUGUUUAGCUUUAGAUUUUAUUUUUAUAUUAAUUAAAAAUAAUAUAAAAAUAGAUUAUAUGCAAAUGUUUAUCAAAAUUGAAAAUAUAUGUUUAAUGCACCUGCUGUUUUAUUCCUUCUUCUCCUUUAUCUUGUUAAUAUGUAUUUUAACCUUCAUAAUUUAUUACAAAAAUAGAAAUUUAGGAAAUUUAUGUCUAAAAAGUAUGAACAGUACUAGUACUACUAGUAGUAGCAGCAGCAGAAGUGGCAUAAGGCCAAUGUACAGAAAUUGCUUUAUGGUGGACCUCAAUGAAGAAAUGGAUCGGGAUGCUCCGAAAUGCUUCUCAGUUUUGAAGGGAAAUUCAGGAAACGCUGCAAAAGUUAGAGGAGGGAGAGAGAGCUUUGGAAUUGGAGAAAAAAAAAAUAAAAAUAAUAAAAAUAAAAUUAGUAAUUAUACCCAUAAUCGUGAUGAUAAUCAUAAUAAUAGUAAUAUUAGUAAUGGUAGUAAUAUUACUAAUGGUGGUAAUAUUACUAAUGGUGGUAAUAUUACUAAUGGUGGUAAUAUUACUAAUGGUGGUAAUAUUACUAAUGGUGGUAAUACAAAUAAAAUUAUGUCUAAUAAAUGCGCCGAAAUGAACUGUAGAACUAGCAUAUCCCCAAACAAUACUUACCUAGUUAACGGAUCGCACAAGGGCAGAAGGAAAAAGAGGAUGAACACAAGUGACUGCUAUCUGUUUAUUCAGAAUAUAAACAAAUUUUAUGGAAAGAAACAUAUAUUAAAAGAUGUGUCCUUAACUUUAAGAAGUAACAGAAUAUUCGUUUUGUUAGGUGAGAACGGAUCGGGGAAAUCUACACUCAUUAACAUUAUCACACAGAUGAUAACAAAGAAUAGCGGUGAAAUUAGUUUUCUCAAAAAUACUGCUAAAAGCAAGACGAGAAAGGAUUGUAGCAUACAGAUCCGUAAGAGUAACAGUAACAUUAGCACAAAGGAUAGCGGCAAUGGUUACAGUAACAUAAAUCCAAACAUUAACCAUAACAGGAGUUACAGUAAUAUGGACAACUUAUUUUUAUUUAGUACGUUCAUAAGGGGUAGUCGUGUAAUUCCAUAUUUUAAAAAUAAAUUCAAUAAGGAUAAAAAGAAAAAUGAUUUAGAAAUUAGCUACUGCAGCCAGAAUGUUAUACUGUAUGAGAAUUUAACCUUCUACGAAACGAUUAAAAUUUUUCUGUUAUAUUAUAACAAGAAUAUGGAUAAAUAUUUAAAAAAAAAAAGGACGUUAAAAAUUAUGAAUGAUUUAAAUUUAAGCUCAUAUUUAAAUGUACCGAUAAAAAAUUUAAUAGAUGAAGUAAAAAAAAAAAUUUCUAUAUUUAUUUGUUUUCUUGUAAAAAGAGAUAUAUAUAUAUUAGACGAACCAUUCAUUUCGUUAGAUAUAAAAACGAAAACGAAAUUGUUCAAAUUUUUUGAUAAAAUAAAAAAAAAUAAUAUAAUUUUUAUAUGUACUCAUGAUAUUUAUGAAGCUAAUAAUUUUGCAAAUGACAUUGCAGUAAUUAAAAAUGGGGAAAUUAUUUUUAAUGGUUCAAAACGACAAUUCCAAAAAUUGAUAGACUAUAAAUUCAUUUUAAAUAUUAAUUUUACUUCAACAGAAAGUGGAAAAGAGUUAGCUACUUGUUUAAGUAAGGAAAAAAUUAUGCAAUCACUUACUGGUGUAUCAAAUGGAAGUAGUGAAGGUACAUCAUAUCAUGGUUGUAGUAAUGACCAUGCUCAUCUCCGAAACGGUAGUGAUGAAGAACAAAACAGCAAAAAAUAUGAUAUAGCUAAUACUAGUAGUAUCCCUACAGACGGUAAAAAUCUAUUCGACUUUUUAGUAGGUAAUUUAAGGGAAAAGGAUGUAAACCCCGAUGUAGUAAAAAAGAACAUUAUAAAUUUUAUUAGAAGUGUCCGAAAAGAACAUAAAAAUUGUUUUAUCUUUUUCAAUAAAAAUUAUAUUUAUUGUACAUAUAAAAUAAAUGAGUUAGAUACAUUGAAAAAUGUGUUAAGUGUUUUAAACAGAUUUAAAAGUAUGGUUACAUAUCAAUUAAAAACAGUAGAUAUAUAUUAUACGUAUAUAUAUAUCUAUACAUAUAAUGAGAAGAAAAAACUUUUGAAAAAUGUGCAUGACAAAGAUAUCAGACAACUAAUUAAGAUGGACCCCCUCUUUUAUUUAUUUUUCAAUAAUUUCAAAUAUUUUAAUGAGUUGAAUAGCUCGUUGUUUACUAGUGGCAAAAAUGAGGGCAGAACAAUCUUUCAAGACGCUAGCUAUUUAAAUGAUAUACUGGUUAGUAGUAAAAAGGGAAGCAAUCAAAACGGUAAAGGAGGGAACAGAGGAGCGGAAAACAGAGCAGACACUAGAGCAUAUCACGAACUUAUUGCUGACGAUUACAAAGCAGAUGAACGAACAGAAACGGGGGAAAAGAAGCGGAUAGUCGGUUCGACGCAGGGACAUCCUCCAUGGAAACUAUUUCAAAAGAAAGAAGAUGGAAAUUUUGUAAAGCAAAUGAUUACUUUCUUUUCAACAUACAUCAGUCCAACACUAUUUAUGAAAUUAAAGAAGGACUUAAGUAACACAAGUUUUUACUGGUACAAAUUUCUAGUACCGCUAUUAAUGUUAUCCUUUGGUCUAUUCAUAAUAAAAUGUGGGUCCCUCCUUGGAAGAGUGCAGAACAUUACAUUAGACUACUCAACUAUUACAUCUAACUUCUUGCAACAGAGCACAGUAAAUUAUUAUAUCAUAUAUACGUCUCAUAUAAAUUCAAAUAAAGAUACUGAGAGUGAUACUGAGAGUGACGAUAUUGUUUCCAUGAAUUCUGGUAAGAGUAACGAGGAUAGAGACACGCACAUGAAGUGGACACCAAAAUGGCGCUUUAAAAAGGGAGAUAUAAAUAGGGGAGUGGAUAUUGACGAGAACAUCGGCAUGAACAGAAUUCAAAAUAGCAAGGUGAACGGUGCAGAAAAUUUCCUUACAUUGGCAAAUAUACAAAGUGGUGGUUACUACAAAAAGGGUGCAGAAAAUUCGUUCAAUCAUUAUAAUAACACGAUCAGUACUCUUCUUGAAAAAUAUUGUUUAAAGGAAAAAAUUAAUUACAUCGAUGAGGUUAUUAAGGAGGAUAAUUUAUAUGAUGAUGUCAUUAACUACCUAGAAAGAAAAGCCCAAUUACAUAAUGAUAUAUCCUUAGGAUCCUAUAUAUUUUUUAUUAAUGAAAAACAAGCGAAGAAGGAGGACCGUUUGAAUAUGCAUUACAAUACAGAAGUAGAAAUUAAUGUGAGUUUGUUUUAUAACUACACCUCAAUUCAUUCCAAUGCUUACUACACCAAUUCUGUUUUUAACAUUUUGUCAGAUUUUCAAAAUUCCUUUCAUGGCAAUAGAAUUUCGAAAGAAAAACGUAUUCUAGAUUACUAUUUUGGAAGUAAUAGUGGUGCUGAUGAUAAGUCGUCUAAUUUUUUUACGCACAAAAAGGACAAUCUCGGGGAGGGAAGCAAUUACUAUUAUGUUAAAUCGAACGACUACCCUAUCGAUGAAGAAGCGAAUAUGGUGUGUGAUAGGGUAAGAGGAAGUAACUUUUACAACGAUGAUUGUGGCUUGAACAGUAGCGACGACUUAAAUGCCCAUUCAAUGAAAAGCCGAGUAGAUGAUGUGGUGAAGCCCUUUGUAGAGGGAAAGAAAAGAAUCGAGGUGAUAAACGAACCGCUAACGAUAAGGUUUCACGAGUAUUUUAUCCGAGACUUUUAUAUAAAUAUGUACGUAUUUUUAUCAAUAGUAAUUUUCUUUUGUGUAUUUUUUGAAAAAUUAAAAAAUGAAAUGGAGUACAUGAAAAUUUUCGAAAAUUUUGAUGUUCAUAAAUAUGUACACUAUUUCCAGAUAUUAUUUUUGGGAUAUAUAUACUAUAUUGUUUAUAUCAUAUUUUUAUUUUUAGUAUUAUAUAUGUUUGAAUAUAAAGUAUUUUUGAAUUCAUCGUUUUUCUUUUUUCUUAUGUUAUAUGGUUUUAAUAUAUAUCUUUCCAUAUGUUUAUUUUCUUCAUUAUAUUUACAUAGUUACAUUCUCUUUUUGUUUGUUAAUUUUAUUUUCUGUGGAAUAAUUACUAUCGUUAUUUAUGUUUUACUUAUUUUGUCAUAUGCAUAUAAUAAUGAAGUAUUGAUAAAUCUAUCUCAUAUAUUUGUAUGUAUAUUUAGAAUACUAGAUUCAUUUACUUUAUCUCAUUUAAUGAAUAUUAAAAGUCUGUGUUUGAAUAUGAAACGGCACCUAAAGCAAGUGGAUGAUGGAUUUUUUCAAAGAGUAAAAGGAAACAACUUUUCAAUAGCUGGACAUCUCUUAGCUUCUUAUGCAGCAAAUGGUCAUACAAACGGUGUUAUAAGUAAUAUUAUGAACAAUGAUUUUACAAAUAAUGGAGUAUAUGAUGAUGCUAAUGUGCAAGAAGGAAUGAAAAAUAUUUGUACAGACACCUACUCUUUUUUUAACACUACAGGGGAUUUUCUAUUUUUGUUUCUUAACUGUAUAAUAUAUUUACUCAUAAUACUUUUCAGUCUGUUACAUUUCAAAAGAGAGAAAGAGCAUCAAAGAAUACGACAACGAAGAAGUAUUACCAAUAAUUAUAAAGAUACAAGAGGAAAAAAAUAUACCUUUUUCAUAAAACACUUUUACUUGUCAAAUAAAGAAUAUAAAGAAGAGGAUGAAGAAAAGGAGAGUAGUAAAUUCUUUUUUCAAUUUUGGACCAAUAUAAAACAGUUUUUUAGCUUCACAGGAGGAAAUUCGGACGAUACUGCUUACAAAAAAUUAAAUUCCGCUGAUAUGGGCCCCGGGGGAGGAGUACGGUAUGUACUGAAUGAAGGAAAAAAGAAUGAAAAAAGGGUGGAAGCGAAAAUAGAGAAAGAAGCAAAAGUAGACGAAGAAGCAAAAGUAGACGAAGAAGCAAAAGUAGACGAAGAAGCAAAAGUAGACGAAGAAGAAGAAGAAGAAGAAGCAAAAGUAGUAGAAGAAGAAAUAAAGGGGAAACAUUUAAGUAACGAUAACGACGCCACAGAGUCCAUCAGCAAUGAUCGAAGAGAUAACAACUGCUUUCGAAUUAAUGAAAAAUAUAUUUUAAAAAAUUUAAACGUGAAAAUGGAACCCUACAAAAUUUAUACCUUUUCAUCUAUCUUUAAUAACGAUUUGAACAUCCUUUAUUUUUUUAAAUUUUUCUUUUCGAAAAAUAGCGAUCAUGUUAUUUUGGGAGAAGAGAAUAACGAUAGUAGUAGUACUACUAAAAGUAUUAUUAGGAGUCGCAUUUCAUCUAGUAACGAAAAAACCACAUCAACGACCAAUAGGAGUACCACUCCAAUUUCCAUCAGGAGCAAUAGUGAAAUUACUUCAUGCCAUUAUACCAAUGAAAAGAAGAAGAAUGGUGUGAAAAAUCAUACAGGGUUUUAUGCAGAGAAAGUCCGAAAGCUUAAUGAGAACAAUUAUAAAAUAGUGUUAGUACCUAGCAUGUCUAUAUAUGAACAUUUUAAGGUUAUUUUAAUAUUUAAAAAAAUUAAACUGAGUAAUAUAGAAGUAUUGUAUAUUAUUAAUAUGUUAAUGCUUAUAGUUAAUCUAAAAUGUGAUAUACAUAUUAACUGUGAUCAACUAAGUGGAGGAAUGAAAAAGAAAGUUGAACUAAUGAUUAACUUGUUAAGAAAAGAUGAAAUUAUUUUCUUAUAUAAACUGAAUGAUAAUAUUGAUUUUUGCUCACAAAUUUAUAUAAAUAUUAUUUUAAAAAAUAUACUUAUGCUUAACCAGUUUCAACAUAGAACGAAAGGCGAUGUUUUGAAUAAAUGGGAUAAUUACGAUACAAGUGAAUCACAUUCAAGGCAUGUAGUUGUGAGAUCGGCAGAGCAAGGGUGCCGCGUACGCAGCGAAGAUAAAAAGGACAUGCUCAUUUGCAGAACUAGUGGUGUUAGCGGUGUUAGCGGAGUAAGCGGUAGUCGUAGUAGCAGUAGCAGUAGCAGUGGCAGGUGCGAGGGGAGAAUCGAUGAUCAGAGCAGAAAUGAUAACCCAUGGGAGUGUCUAAUAUCGUCGAAUCUAAGAAGCGUGAAUGAAAAUAUUAUCGAUUCAUUUAUAAAGGAAAACAUAUUGAAAAUAAAAUUUGCAUUUAAGAAUUUUGUCGUUUACACUCACAUAUACACGGAUAUACUAUAUUAUGACUAUUUAUAUUUAUUUAACAAGAACAGAAUUACGUAUAAGAAUUAUUCAAAUAAUAUAAUUCGCAGUUUUAAAAAUUACUACUUGUUUGAAGUAAAAUUAAAAGGAAUACAUGAAAAUAAGAUAAACGAAUAUAUACAAAUGUUUUUCUGUGCAAACAGUCAUGCGUUCACGAAGCUGCAAAAAGUGGUGCGGAUGUAUAAUAAAAAUGAUAACAAGUAUAAACAAAUCCAUAACAUGUCUCUAUCAUAUGACGAUAAACAAUCAAAUUGUGUUAUUUCAUUUCUUGAAAAGAAUGCCAAAAGAAAUUUUUUAAACUUACAUAAUUUAUAUUAUAUUUUCAAAACAAUGAAGAAAAGAAAAAAUGACAAAAAAAAAAAAAAUAAUUUAAUUACUCUUUCAAAAUUUCAUAAAGUCCUGCUCAACUUAAUCAUUGACAAGCUUUCAUAUGUCCAUUCCUACUUAAACAGAAACAAAAACAUUUCACUUUUUCAUUUAUUUAAAUUUGUAAUAUGUGAAGUAGCCCAUAAAAAUGUGCAAAAUUUUCUUAUGAAAUAUAAGGCAAUAAAAAAGGUCCACUCGGAAAUGAUAUCGUCCAACCAUUACUCGUUUAUCUUAAAAAUUCAGGACAAUAAGCACUUUUUCAAGUUGCUAGAAAUAGACAAGAGACUUAAAUUCAGCGACAAAGAAAUUGAAGUGCAGCAAGUGGACAUCAAUAACGUUAACGCAAAUGACAUUUUCCUGUUAAUAUUCAAAAAGUUACUAUGA